AUGAUCCUCAAACAAAACACCCGCUCAUAUGCGCAGACUAUGCAGUCGUCAACAUUACCCCGGACACGGAAACCCGAUGUCCUUUACUUUGCCUAUGGAAGCAAUCUCCAUGUUGCCCAGAUGGCCAAGCGAUGUCCUUCCAGCGUCUUCAUCGGCACGGGGACACUCGCGGGCUAUAGGUGGCAGAUCAAUGAGCGUGGAGUGGCCAAUGUGGUCCCUGCGGACGACUCCUCAGUCGAGGGCCUUGUAUACCUUGUCAAUGCCCGGGACGUGAGGGCGUUGGACCGCUCGGAAGGCGUGGCCAGAAAGUUGUACCAAAAGCACAUGUUGGAAAUCGUCCUCCAGCGCCACAGACAAUACUCCUCGUUCACAUCCGCACGCUUAGCCCAUGUGCUUGAAGAAUCAUCCAACUCACCAGAUCAAUUUUACGGCCAACCAUUGCAGUCAACGGACGCAAACUCGGACUCGGAUCCGGAGGGAUCUCUCCGUCGACAUGGUCCUCCAAGCCAACGACAACAGAGGCCAUAUCGCCCUCUGGACGUCAAAGCUCUGGUCUACGUCAGCGAGAACUACACAACCGAUGGUACGAUUCGAGAAGAAUACAUCGCACGCAUGCGAAACGCUGUGUCCAAUGCUAGCACCCUUGGAGUCUCACAUUCAUUCCUCGACAAAUACAUUGUCCCUCACCUAAAGCCCGACGAUGAAGAACCAGCCACACCGGACCAGAUCCAAGAGAAGGAUCAGGAGGAGAAGCAGCAAGAGGAGAAGCAAGAGGAUAACAGGGAGGAGGAGAAGGCAAGCGAAUCGCCAGACACUGCCGCCAGUAACGACGUUACCACCAGCAACACAGCCGACAAGUCUUCCGGGCAGACAAAGGACACUCAGGAUGCCCAAAGAGAAGGCCGGUUUGACGCUGUAAUAGUCGGUGCCUGUGUCUUGGCUACCGCAGGGUGGUGUUCGAUGACUCUCCUCUAG